AUGCGCAGUUUUUGUUGUUGUUUUUAUCCGGCUGCUGUGGCGUUGCACUGCGUAUUACUGUUUUUCCUCUUCUUUUUUUUACUUUUUAGAGCGUCCGCGUUGCGGCGACGCGUUGUAAGCGGUUCGAAAGGUAGCGCAGCACUGGCGCUCUGCCGCCAAUUCGAACAGCUGAGCGCCAGCCGAAGAGAGAGAGCCGAAGAGUGCCGAACGACGCAGCGCCGCUCCUACCGCCACCACUACCACUGCAGUGGCGCUCAGUCGCGGUCGCUGUGCGCUGCCGUGCUCUGCUGUAAGCGCUCUUACAUUCCGCGCCCGAAUUUUUCGUGCUUUUCCCUUGUUUUCCCUGUGGGCCAGCGUUUCGCUGCUGCUCGGACUCGGUUUGGGCCAACACUUGUCGCCUCUUGGCCAUUAUGCAACGACAGCGAAACGAAGGUGCUCGCGAAGUGGCCAAGCUGCUCUCUGAUUGGUCGGUGGUCAGCGCCACGAGGCCACCCGAAGUUCUCUCGCGAGAACUCAAGAUCGCUCUCUCCCUCUCUUUUGGGAGAGAUGAGAUAGGAAAGAAAAGCCAAAACACUAGAACAAUCCAGAAGCCAAGUUUUCCGGCUUGCACAUACGCCGUAUAAUCUGCAUUUUUUGCGAACUCUAAACUCGAGUCAAUCAGCUUAGUUUUACAAUUCAGUGUUUUACUAUAAACAAAUAAACUAAUAUAAUUUUGCUCAGAAAUCGAUGCACUUUGAUGAGAGAAUAGUGAAACCACAAUUCUCAGUUAAUAGCUUUUAAACUGCGCUGCGAAUGGGAAAACACAUUAAAAUAUACAAAUUUUCAUG